UUAUAUUAAGACAUUGUUAUAUAAAUAGUUUCUUAUGAUUUGGCCACCCCCAUGGAAGUCGUUCCAGAUGAGAACCUUUCAGUUGAAAAGCAGUUACCAGCUAUGGCUAAACAACCUGCAUCAGUAGUCGUAGAAACAAUACCGACACUACCAACAAUGGUGAAAUUGACGCCGAUGGAUGAUGUUCAGGAUCCGAAUACCUCAAAUGAGUCAGAAUUGAACAUUACAACUGAAGAAACCGUUAAUGAAAAUGCAGAAAUAAAACUUUCACAACUAGCACACACCUUAAGUACUGCUCAAUCAUCUUCAACUACAGAUGAGAGUAUAUGGAACUUCAAACCAAACUUGAUCACGUAUUUCACAUUGGUGUCCCAAAUGGAAUUACAUGACGGUUGGAUAUGGUCAUUCAACCAAGCCAAAAACGCCAUACUUUGCAUUUACACGGACCCAUUAUCUAACGGGAGGAAUUUGUUUGAUUCAGACAAAUGUUCAUCUUUCACGUCCAUUUCACGAUAUUCCAUCAAUACACAAGUAUACCGUACGUUGUCAUACAAAAACUUACCGUGAGGUCCAUCGCUUGCGUUCGUCACAUCUCCCAAAAGGAAAUAAAUAGAAACCACUUUUUAUUCCA